AUGCAAGUCAGAAAUAUUCAGAACAUAGCACCGAGUCUAACUGACAAGAGUAUAAAGAUAUACUAUGAACACGUUAUGAUGAAACCAACCAAAAUUCAAGAAAGUCAGUAUACUUAUGAAUAUCCAAGACACUGGGUAGAGUAUGUAGGAGGUGAGAAAGCUAUUGAAAUCAGACAGGUUCGUCGAAGUAUUCCAGCAGGAAGAACAAUAUUAUUGAAGAACUUUAAUGUUUUGAGGUAUAAUGAUGAAACAAAGAAGCAAGAUAGUUUUCCUGUUGCUGUGUAUGUGAACUUAGAUACAGGAGAUGACAUGAAAGUUUUUAAUACAAAGCUUCAAACGGUAGUGAGAGAACAACUGACUGUGGAAGGACAUCCAUUACCUUCAGAAGUUACCAUAGCAUAUAAUUUUGAAACAAACUCAAUAGAUUUUAAAGUCGUCUCUGCAAAGAAGUCAGGUUUUACAUUUAAUGAAGCAGAUGUAUAUUCGAAUGAAAACUUCAAAGCUAUUGCAUGGUUAGAUAAUGACGAUUGCUUUAAGAAAAUAUUUAAAUUCAGUGACUCAAAGAUUUCAAUAGAUGACCUUCGUGGAAUGUUACCAUCGACGUUUACAGUAGAAGGUUCAGCAGGAUUGCUUACAAGAUUGUCAAUUGGUGGUAUUUGGUCUCGUGAGAACAUUGUUAUAAAAUCCAGUAUAAGUGAAUUUGCUGAAGAAUCUAUAUUAUGUCUUUCAAACUACAUGUAUUCGCCGCCGAAGCAUUAUAGUAUAACAAACUUUGUCAGUAAGUUUAACAUAAGACUUGUCGAACCUUCUUCAAUGAAAGAUGUUGUGCUACCUAAAGAUGGAAAGGAUGGACUCAUUAUUGAGAUGAUUUUAAUAGCAUAUUAA